GCCCCACAUCUUCAAAGUAGCAAGAUUCGAAGUUCCACAUUUCCUUGCUGACGCCAUGGCAAAUCUUGUGCGGCCCGCUUCCAGCGACCAUGACCACCUCUUCCGCAUUAAGCUGAUCGGGGAUUAUGGCGUGGGCAAGUCGAGCCUCCUGCUGCGCUUCACCGACGACACUUACUCCGACGGCCCCGCCGGCGUUCAGCUUGGGCUCAUCUGCGGCAUCGACUUCCGUUCCCGGACGAUGUCCCUAGAUGGCAAGAAGGCCAAGAUGCAGAUUUGGGACACUGCCGCUCAGGAGCGAUUUCGCACCCUGGGCGCCAGCUACUACAAAGGCGCGCAUGGGAUCGUCGUGGCCUUCGACCUCACGCACCGUGAGUCCUUUGACAAUGUACGCCAUUGGCUGGAGGAAGUUGACAAGUAUGCUGAGCCUGGGAUCAACAAGAUGCUUGUGGGCAACAAGUGCGACAUGGCAUCCAAAAGGGCAGUUACCUACGACGAGGCCCGUGAGCUUGCAGAUGAGCUCGGCGUGCGCUAUUUGGAGACCAGUGCAAAGCAUGACGACAACGUCAACGAGGCCUUCGCACAGAUGGCCAAGGAGAUCAAAGACCGAGUCUCAAUGCAGGUUCCGCCGUCUGCUACUGAGCCGAGCACAACCUUGGGACUUGGACACCGGAUCUUUGCAACCACGUGUUGCCAGUAG